AUGCUGAAAGCGCACUUUUCUAUUUAUUUGCAUAGCUUGGCUGCUUGGAGCUGGCUAGCUCUUGCAGCACCGCUGCUAGAGCACGAUUACAAACCCAUAGCCUGGACGAGAAACGGCCCAGUCGUGGGAGUUUACCACCGUCCUCAGCAACAAGAGCACUUUCUGGGAAUUCCUUACGCAGAGCCACCGACAGGAGAACGUCGCUUCACUCGACCAGAGCCUUGGGCAAAGAAAUGGUCAAAGCCGUUCCCUGCUGGGAAUUACGGGCCCUUCUGCUACGGUAGAAGCCUGAAUCUGACAGGAUUCGACGAAAAGGACUUCGUUUAUCCCCAGAGCGAAGACUGCUUGACCAUCAACGUUGUGCGGCCUUCUGGAUGCGAAACCCCCCCAGGCGUACCUGUCUUGGUAUGGAUUUACGGAGGGGGGUUCCAGGAGGGUGGUAGUGGUGAUCAGCGUUACAACAUGUCCGAUAUCGUACAGUCGUCUGUCGAGAUGGGUUCCCCCAUCAUUGGGGUCAGCCUCAACUAUCGCACGUCCAUUUUCGGGUUUAUCGCCGGCAAGCCUUUCCGGGACCAAUCGCGUGUCAAUCUUGGUAUCCAGGACCAGCGUCUUGCCCUCCAGUGGAUCCAGGACAACAUCCACGCGUUCGGAGGUGAUCCGCGUCGCGUCACCAUAUCUGGCGAAUCAGCCGGUGCACUCUCUGUCGGAUUCCACCUUCUGGCAAACAACGGACGCGACGAAGGUCUUUUCAGUGGCGCCAUUGCUGAGAGUGGGGGUCCAUUCUAUCACCUGCCGUUUGCCUCCACGGAAACCCAAGAUGACAUGUUGGAAUCACUUCUGGAGAGUACGGGUUGCAUUAACAGCACUUCGUCAUUGUCUUGUCUGCAGACCAUCCCUCCCCAGGCUCUCCUUGACGCCUCAGGAACUACGAAUUGGAACCCGAUUGUCGACCAUGUGCUGCUUGAGCGGCUGAACUCUGAGGCGCUUCACACCGGCAUGUUUGUUCGUGUUCCCCUUCUGAUUGGCUCCAACACCAAUGAGGGCACGCCAUUCGUGCCUGACUUCUCACCCGGUGGCACCAACAACUCGACGGAUUUUGCGACUGCUUUACGAAACUUUCUGCAAGGGGGUUCACUAUCAGCCCACACCAUGCAACAGUUUGAGGAACUCUACCUCCAUUCUGACGCCUCGACAGUCAAGAAAGAUCUUGGUACUGUUCUCAUGGACCCUGGAGCUCCUCGCGGUGCUCUAUACGGCCGGAUUUCGUUACUUCUUGGGGAUUUGGUCAUGUCCGCCGGCCGUCGAAUCUCCGCCGAGGCAUGGGCGAGACACGGCGCAGAGACAUAUAGUUAUCGGUUCGACACCGUUCCUUCUGGCCUGUCUCCUCAGAUAUACGGGGCGGCCCACUUCCAAGAAGUUGCGUUUGUGUUCGGCAACGUCGAUGGAGGAGGAUAUGAUUACAAUCCGUUCAAUGUUUCAACAUCCGUCUUGCGUGCCAAGUAUCAGAAUCUAAGUCAGGCGAUGAGACGCAUGUGGAUUAACUUUGUCAACACUGGUACCCCAAAUUCAGUUCGAGGUUUGUUCCUAUUGGCUCUGAAACCGUACUUGCAUCAGAGGCUGACACAUCGCUAG